AUGUAUGGAUAUGACGAUGAUGAGAAUGAUGAUGAAGAGGAGGAGUUUGAAGAGGUCAAUGUUAGAGGUGGAUUGGGACUUGGCAUGUUAGACAAUAAGAAGAAGAAGAGAAAGUUUACAAAGGAGGACGCUAUAUAUGGUGUGUUCAAUGAAGAUGAUAAUUACCAAGAUGAUGAACUUGACCCAGAGGAGCAAUACAAGAAGAUGAAGCACAUGUCUGCUGGUAUCAAGUUUGUUGCAUCAGGUGUCUACGAUCCCAACAAGAAUGCAACUCAAGAAAAGGACAAUGACAAGGACAAAGAUGGAGAGAAGAAAGAGAAGAAGGUCAAAGACAAGGACAAGAAGAAGGACAAGAAGAAGGACAAGAAGAAGGAUAAGACCAAGGACAAGACAAAAGACAAGCAAGCACAAAAGACAAAUGAUAAACAAGACGUCAAGUACACUGGCAUUGGACUGUCAAUGCUAAAGAAGAUGGGUUAUGAUGGUGUCGGUGGCCUGGGUGUGGGAGGCACAGGCAUCGUCGAGCCUAUAAAGUCAUUCGCAAGACCAGUUGGUGUUGGUCUAUCAUACAUUGCAGAGCGCGUCGAUAAGCGUUACGAUAAUGACAGUGGCAGCAGCAGUGGCUCAUCAGACGAGAGUGACAGUGACUCGGGCCUGGGACCAGAUGGCGGCCGCACUAGUGGCAAAGGAUGGAAGAAGCGUGCACAAAAGGUCAAGUACGACUUUGAUGAGCAUGUCACUGGGCAUGGCAAUCAACAUCAUAAGCAUCAUCACCAUCAUCACAAACAUCGUGAUGAUGACAAGAAGACCUCGUCGACGACCAAGACGACAUCAUCUGCUGCACCUCAGUUGAUUGUGGACAUGCGUGGACCCACCGCAAUGCUGAGAAGUGGUGCAAGCGAGCAGGCAUUGGGUGUUGAGGACAGCGGCCCCCUUUCACAGCUCAGAUACAACAUCGGUCUGCUGAUCAAGAUGAAGGAGGUUGACAUUCAGAACGCAGACAACAAGCUAAAGUUUGAACGCGAACGAGUAAAGAGUCUGGCCAACUCGGUGCAGAAGCUCAAGCUGGCGGUGCAAUCCGACGAGGAGCAGAUGGCGCGCGUCACCAACAUCAUGAAGCUGAUCAAAGAGGCGCAUCAAUCACUGCACCCUGGCGCACUCACCCUUGACGAUUCAUUCAAGCUGUUCAAGAAGCUGCGAAGUGCCUACCCCCUGGAGUACCAAAAGAUGAAGCUAUACAACCUCGAGGUGGAGUUGGUUCGUCCAUUGUUACGCAAGGAGAUUGAGCGAUGGGACAUCACAAUUCAGCCAAAGAACUUGUUGGAGGAGAUGCUGAGAUGGAGGACAUUGUUCGAUCCACAGUACGCACAGCUGAGUAAUGAGCGAUCACAACAGUCAACGACGACCACACUGAAUCAAGGCGCAGACGUUUACUUCAUAUUGAUGCGCGAUGUAUUCUUGCCCGUGUUCAAGACAUUCAUCAGGACCAAAUGGUCCGUUAAGGAGGACCCGGGACAAGUGGUCUCUCUCAUUGGAUACUGGAGCGAGGCAUUCCCCACCGUCAUCUUUGAGACAUUGCUCGAGCAUUCGGUGUUGCCACGUCUACGCUCGGCCAUUGGACAGUGGGAUCCGCUGUCUGACCCGAUCCCCCUGCACACCUGGGUCCACCCCUGGAUCCCAUUCCUCAAGAGCGAGCUGGAGGCUCUGUACCCUCAGAUCAGACAGACUCUCAUUGGCGUGCUGGUCGGCUGGCAAGCUGGCGACGAGUCCGCACACGCAUUGCUCGAGCCAUGGCGCACGGUGUUUGAAGGCAACUCAAUGGACUCGCUGCUCAAUCGAUCGAUCGUGCCAAAGCUCAGCGAGGCUUUGCGUCAAUGGCAGCCAUUGCCACCCAUUGGCGAGGCAAUACCAGGUGGCAACCCAAUCGAGUUCCUCAUUGAAUGGAGGGAUAUGAUGUCUCCUGCAUCGAUACAAGCUGUACUGGACAAGGAGUUCUUCCAACGCUGGAUCAAGGACUUUGUCGACGCGUUGAACACCAAGCAGAUCACCGAUGACCAGAUGUUGGACUGGUACGGCAAUUGGAGACAGUGCUUCGAGGUUAUCUGGGAGAAGAAUCAGACAUGGCUGGAACCAUACUUUGGCGUCGCAUUGGACAUCAUCGAUCGAGCGAGCAGGAAUGAGUAUCCCAUUGCAGUCCCAGUGUUGGUCGCGUCCAAGAGCACCUCAUCCUCAAAGGCACAAGUCGCUGCCACUGUACAUAAUAUAACAAAGACUACGACAAAGACAAAGACAACAACAACUACAUCCAAGACCAGACACAUGUCAGAGCCAUCGAUCAAGGAAUCAUUGGAAGAGUUGGCGGCUAGUAUGGGACAUCUGUUCAUACCAUCAUCGGUCUCUGAGACAGGACAUCAAGUGUACAAGUUUGGACACAUACCAAUCAUCCUGGACAAGGGUGUCAUCAUGCUCUAUGACAAGUCUCACCUUGAGCCAGCCAACAUCGAGACACUUAUCGAACGAUUAAGCAAGAAGUAG